AUGAUUGGACAAUGGGUGGCGCAGCGCGGUGUGCCAUGCAUGACUUAUGGAUCUCGGAGGUGUCCUCUCUCGUUCGUCCUCAAUCCUCUACCACCCCCUCCCUGCUUCUCCCUCGCUCUUCUCUUUGUGCCAACAUUUAGCCUUGUCAAUCCGCCUGUUCCCAGCGGCGCCUUCUUCCCUUCCCCUUCCCGCACUGACUGCCUCCCUUUCCGCGCACCGUCUGUUCUCACUGCAGCGGCGCUCACCUGUCUACGUGUCUGUCGGUCUGCUGCGGAGUGCCUGGCUCUAAACGUGCACCUCACCUCGCUUCUCUUCUGCCAUCUGCCUCACCUGCCACCUCUGCCUCACCUGCCACCUCUGCCUCACCUGCCACCUCACACACAAGUACGCACGGGCCAUGUGCUGCCCCACUGCUGCAACUCUUCCCCUCUUUGUUCCCUGCUUCACCUUUUCAUGUGUCCUGCCCUUCCCUUCCACCCCAGCCUCAUUCACACGGUAGCACGCAUCCUCAGCCGCCCCUUCCCUGCUGUCUCCAAAUCGCGCGUUACGUUACGCUUCAGUCACUCCGCCAGUCAGCUCUCCUCUCUGCUAUCAUCCUGUGAGCCCAGCGUAUCCACGCCAUCCAUUUCUUCAUUCGCCCCUCGCCUCACGAGAGUGAAGGCGAUACAGAAGAAGCAUGGGAGGCAAUCAAAUCAGCAUCGCAAAAAGAUGAUCUGA